GCUACUUCUAAACGAAUAAUGAAUUAACCAACGCAUGAACGUUUUUAAAGACAUUUUAAGCGGGAAAAAUAAUAUCCGAUUUUUUUUUCAAAUUUAGGUUUUCCAAUUGAACGAAAAAAAUCGCUUAUGAGUAAUUCUUGACGUAUAAGGUUAGCAAAUCUCUUCAGAUUGACAACAUGGUGAAACGCCGGAUUAUAUCGUUUGGUUUUCUAAUGCUUUUCUUCUGCUGCGGUGUUGUCAGAUCGUCUUCAAUCAAUGUCAACCAGUAUUCAUGUAAAAGUCAAGAUAAAGAGCGACUCGAGGAGUGUGCAUUUGGAUGCUGUAAAGAUAGUGGAAUUUCUAGAUGUUGUACAUUUUCACAGGAUGUCACUCCUUCCCUGAUAGCUUUUGGAGUAAUCUGUUUAGCUGUUUUGAGUAUAAGUCUUAUCAUUGCUGUAUCUGGAGGCGAAAAAGACAAAGGGAGCUCUAGCGAACAAAAUGGUGACAAUGGUUGUUGCCAUUGUCACGACUGUAUGAAGAAUAAUUCUUGUUUUAAAUGAUGAAGAAAAUGUCACUAUUAUAUAAACAACAAUUAAGCACGUCUUUGACAAACUGAGUUUGUAUUUAUUUACAAUAGUCAGCAUUACAUAUGUGUCAUGUUAUUUCAGAGAAGUUAAGUGUUUCAAAGUGUUUUUUUCUGAUACAAUUUCUGUAUUUGUAUUAAAUCGUAACAUUUUUUAUUUGGUAAAUCGGAAAACAAGAUGAGUAAAUGAUACCAACAUGAGAGUGCAGUCUUAUUAGCAGUUCAAUAAAGGAAAUCAUACAAGCCAUAUAAUUUGGACAAUAUGCACACUUUAACAUGCCAGUUGAACAUGCAAAUUUGAUUUGAUACCAAUUGGCCGACAUUUCGACCAAGUGUCAUACAUUUUAGUGUUUUACUGUUAUCAAAUGUUGACUUUGUGUUAGUUUUGUGCCUUAUAUGUUAUAUAAAAAAAGCAUUAAAAUUGAAUAAAAAUGUGCAGAAUUCAGGAUACAUAUUUUUAAAUUGAUAUAAAUUAAGUAAACUUGGAUUUCGACCUGUGACAUACAUGAUUAAAUUUGAAAGUACUAUAAAUUAUAAUGAG